UAACAAUCUGUUAAAAUUGUAAAAUUCAGUGAUAAAACUGUUCGUGCCAAAAUAACUAUCAUGGAUUUAAUUGCGUAUUAUUUAUUGUACGAUCUUUAGGAUGCGCAAAAGACGUGUUUGCCUGUUAAGAACGGUUUGAAGAGUUUAUAUUAUCAGAAGAAGGAAUAGAACAAAAUUUUCAGAAACUUUAAUUUAUGGCAAGAAGAAUACCAUUUAAUUGUAAAUAGUUAUAAAUCGUAAUCUUCUUAUUUAUUACAUAAUAUUUUAUUAUAAGGAUCGAAGAUUAAAAAAAAAUACAUGAUGGCAGAAACGGAAAGAAUAGAAAUAUCGGAAAGCAGAAUCAAUAUGCAUGAAAUAAAUACUAAUGAGAUAAGGCCAGUGUCAAGUUUACUUAUGACUCAUUCAAUAAAUUCAACAACAUCUGGAUUUAUAACUAAUACUCGGAUGUUUAAUUUCGGUAGAAGAACAAACCAACAUUCCAGAGUUUUGGCUAACUUGUCUUCUACUUUUCAAGAAAUUAGACCUUUUAUAGAACGAACACGUACUAGUCCUCGCAUUGCAUUAAGCUCUCUCUUAAAUCUUCAAAGGCUUCAGAAUCAAUCAAGAACAGUUCUUCCUUCUACAGAUACCUAUGUAAUUAAUGUUGAUGAUCAAACAACAAGCAAUAUAACCAUGCAUAAUCAACCUGCACAUGAUCAUCAUAAUCAUCGUACCACAACAACAGAUAAUUUUUUAAAUAAUAUACGUGAAGCAGCAAAUGAAGUGGCAGCAGAAACACAUAAUAAUAAUGGAGAUGAAAGCGCUCAAAACAGACUUCAAAGAAAUCCAGAAGCAGCAGAACUAUUACGUAUAUUGCAAAGAUAUGUUCCCUAUAUUUUAAUACUUUUAGUUAAAGGCAUUUAUGAUCACCGAGCAGGGAUACUAAAUUUUAUAGUAUUGCUGAGUACUUUCAUAUGUGCCAAUAAUGAUCUUAAGCAUGAAAUUGCCAAACAACAAAACAGAAGUUGGACAUCUUUAUUGUCAAUUAUGUGCUUCAUAGCAGGUUGCUUUCUCUUCUUAAAUGUUAUGUUUGAAAUACAUAUAUUUACAACUCAACCUCUUUCAAUCUCAGAGCUUCUGUGGUCAGUAGUUGUAACAGAUUUUGUUCUAAAAUUGAUCACUAUUGUUUUUAAAGUGAUCUUAACUUGUUUACCUGUAAGACUGCUGGCAUUUCACAAACGUGGAAAAUUUUAUGUGAUGGUAGAGGCUACAUCACAACUAUGUCGAUGCGUUGCACCAAUUCAACCGUGGACAUAUUAUUUGACUGAAACAUAUCAAGGCCCAGAAAGAAUAGUAGGAAUUUUCUUAUCUGCAGUAUAUACUAUCAGUAAAGGAAAUGAUUUACUAUCAUGUGUAACAUUGUUCAUUAAAACAUUAUUGAAGUUAGUGCACAAUAUGAGCUUAGGAGAAAGUCCAUCUGUAGAGCAGCUAUUAGAUUCUGGUGGCAUAUGUGCAAUAUGUCAUGAAGAAUAUAAUUCACCUAUCAGGCUCAAUUGUCAACAUAUCUUCUGUGAAGUUUGUGUAUUAACAUGGCUAACUAGGGGAAGAUCAUGUCCAUUGUGUCGUGCACCAAUUGCAGACGAUGCAAUUUACCAUGAUGGUCAUACAACAUUGUUUGUUCAAUUGUAUUAAAUAGUAAAUUGUUAUAUAUAUAUAUAUAUAUAUAUAUAUAUAUAUAUAUAUAUAUAUGUGUGUAUAUA